AGAAAAUUCAAAACUCAUUAUUCCUUUUUCAUUCUUGAAAGAAAUCCCCUUCAACUUUUAUUCUCUCUCUCUCUCUCUCUCUCUCUCUCUCACACACACACACACACACGCACACACGCACAUCCCCAACUUCCAAAAGUAGUUCGUUAUUUCAAUUUUUUUGCCAACAAAAUGAAAUCAACCUAUUAGAUAGCUCUCGAGAUUCAAACCCACCAAAUUCCCAACGAUCAGGUAAUCAGAACCCAAGCAAUAAUGGAAGAAACAACGAUUGAAGAACACGGGAGAUCUCUAGCAGCUCCAAUCAUCUUCACGAUCGUUGUCGCUUUCCAAUUGCUGUCCAGAUUCAUAGAACACAAGAAAAAGAAAGGCUCAAAGUCUGGGGUGGAGAAACAAUUGCGCGGAGAGAUUAAGCAAAUGUAUAAGGAGGCCAGCUCCUUGUCACAGCCUUCCACAUUUGCACAGGCUGCUAAACUUAGGCGGAUGGCAGCAUCUAAGGAGAAGGACCUUGCAAAAAUUCAAGAACUGCACAGCAAGGAAAUGAAAUUGUCAUAUGAUUCAUACUCGAAAGGUCUCACCAUAUUAAAGGUUUUUACAUUUUUCUCGCUGGUUUGUUGGUUUUGGCGGCUCCCCGUCACUGCCAUAUCUAAACAACUUGUGGAGCCCUUUGGUAAGGCAUUAUCUUGGAGAGGAGGGAGUCCAAUGAAUGAUAAUGUUAUGGUUGGGAUCAUACCUUGGUUGAUUUUAUCUACUAGAGUCGGUAAAUUUAUUUGUCGAAAAGUCUUCAACUAGAGGACUUGUCUGACUGAAGAUAAGAGGAUUUCAGAAACUUAUGUAUUUAUCUGAAUCUAUCCCAGUGUCUUACUCGGAUUCUAUGUACAACCAAAAUGUAGAGACAGUCGGAGAUUACCCUCUCGCGAUACCAUUUUGCCUUAUUACGAAUGGAAUUUGUGAAGAUGAUGUGAAA